AUGGACAAGGAAAUAAAAGAACCAGGUAAUAAGACAAGACACUCUGAAAGAUCCCGAUUACUGAAGCAGCAGCGAAGAAAGAAGAGGUUGCUGGCUCAACUAUAUAUGAGCGACUCUGAUUUCGAGGUAGAAGAAGAGGACUUGAAUAGGGAGGGACGCUCUUUUCGAAGGGUAUCGAAAAUCAAUUACGACGAAAAUAAGAAGAUGCCGACUCAUCAGAUUGUUGUUCCUAAGAACAAGAGGAAAUCCAGGAGUCCGAGGGAUUCGAGGGAUAUAAAGAGAACACCGAGUUCGAGAAGUUCGAGAAGCUCGAGAAGCUCUAGAAGCUCUAGAAGCUCUAGAGGUAGCUCUAUAAUUAGUACGAGAGAGAAUUCACAGACGCGGGAGGAUUCUAAGUUCAGAGAGAAAAAUGAAGAGUUGGAUAUUACGGGCACUGCUCUUAAGCGAGGAAGACCAAGAAAGAGAAGGAAAGUUGAGGCCACGCACAAAGCAGAAGUGAUACACAAAGCAGAGGCCACGCACAAAGUAGAAGAAGCAAGUAAUAGAGUGAAAAAUGUACAGAGGGAUCAUUCUUCUAGUGCGAUGAAUUUCCCACUAAUGUUGAGUGUUCCACGAAGGAGAAGAGGGAGACCCCCAAAGAAAAGACUGAUAGAAGGUAAUACUGAAAGUGCAUCUCUUCCCGAGAGACCAAUGACAGAGUUUCAGAAGCAGCUGCUUCAAAAUACUAGCAACCAGUUUCUCAAGAAGCUGGCCAAGAGCGAUAUCGGUAGGAAGAUGGAGAAAAUCGCCAAGAAUCUAAACGUCUAUAGCCGUAAAGGAUUACAAAUACGAGAAGGAGAGGGAAGGGAUGUUAUUGACUUGAGCUUUUUGGACACCAAUGAUGCAGAAGAGUUAAAUGGAUAUCAAAAUAUGAUAUCGGAUCAAUACUACAAACUUUCAAGGCAGUUUACAGAGGCCCAAGUGAUGCGAAUUGAUGAACUGAUCAAGGUGAUUGAUACUAGUGUGAGUAAAGUGAAGUUGGAUUACACCAAGUAUCAAGGAAGACUGGAAAAUGCUAAGAGGAGAUACGAAAACGAGAAGCGGAUGGAUCCAACGAAUGCAGGAAGGGUACUUUCAGAGAUAGUAGAGAGGACAAGACUUCCAAAUCGGGUUCAAAAGAUCAUAUUCCCAUCGGUAUUUGAUCGUGUAUUGGGAGCACGAUAUGACAGACUUCGACAACUGAAGCAAUCAGUACAGUAUCAAUUGAAGAUGAUAGAUAAAGAAGAUAAAGGUAAUGAAGAGAUCGUCAAGAAACAGUUCGAGAUGAGUUUGAAAGAGAAUCGGGAGAAUAUGAGGCAGCAGAUAUUGAAGGAUUUAGAGGCUAUGAAUGAGGAAUUCCUAAAGAGUACUGGUAUAAAGAUUAGGGAAGCAGAAGAAGUGAAGAAACGGGAGGAGCAAGAGCCAACGGCGACAGAUGAGAUCAACAAUAUAAGAAAGAAUGUUGAACUCAACUCGUUGGAAGGAUUAGCAGAAGUCAGCGAGAUGGUUCUCAAACAGAACAAGUGA